AUGUCAUUAUCAGGAAAAAUUGCUCUAGUAACUGGUGCAUCUCGCGGUAUAGGCAAAGGUAUUGCGGUAGAGCUUGGCGCGGCCGGAGCCACUGUUUAUGUUACCGGUCGCUCACCUGACGCCGCCUUGAACUUCCCGAACACAACCAGCUUAACUGAAGUGGCAGAUGAAAUCACGAAGAAAGGUGGUAGAGGCAUAGUAGUCUACUGUGAUCACAGUAAAUCUGAUGACGUUAAACAGUUGUUCGAACGUAUCAACAAGGAACAGAACGGUCGUCUUGAUGUGCUGAUUAACAAUGCUUACGCUGCCGUUCAGUACAUUGGGAAGAACGUUGAUAAGAAGUUUUUCGAGUAUAGUGAUGAGCCUGAAUACGCAUGGGACGUGGUGAACAAUGUUGGGUUGAGGAAUCACUACAUUUGCUCAGUAUAUGCUGCAAGAAUGAUGGUGAAGAACAAGAGUGGCUUCAUUUGUACUGUCAGUUCGCCUGGAGGCAUUAAACAUCUCUUCAAUAUUCCUUAUGGCGUGGGGAAGUCUGCGGUGAGUUGUUAGUUAUGACAAUAAUGUAAUUUAAAAAAUAGUUUAUAACAGAAUUUUUUGAAAAGGGCGGGGUUUUUUUAAUUAUUUUUGAAGGGGCAGGGUAAUUUUUUAAAAUUAUUUUUGAAAAAGCGGGCUAGUUUUUAAAAUUUCUUUUUUCAGUGCGACAGAUUAGCUGCUGAUAUGGCUUUUGACUUACAAGACCAUCGUAUUACGUCUAUGGCUUUAUGGCCUGGGGCCGUUAAAACUGAAAUUAUUGAACAAACAAUCUUGUCCGGUCAUGGAAAGGUGCGGUAACUUGUGUUUUUUAUAGUUUAUGGCGGAGUUGGCUACGCCAGACUAUUCUGAGGUGGUACAAGAUAGGGUAGAGUACGGUAAGGUAGAGAGAGUUAGGUAGUGUAAUGUUGGGUAGGGUAAAAUUCAAUAGAUUGGUUGUAUAAAGUUGAAUAGAAUGGAGUAAGGUAGGGUGUGGGAAAGAGUUGGGUAAGUCGACAGCUAGGGUAUGGCUGACGGUAGGACAUAUCGGAGGCUAGAGCAGGACUAGGGUUAGGGUAUAACAGAAGCGAGGGUAAGUUGAAAACUAGGGUAUGACUCACGCUAAGAUAUAAUGGAGGCUAGCCGGGGACUGAGGCUAAGGUGUGGCUGACUUUAGAACAUGGUUGAGGCAAAGAGAGACUAAGGCUACGUUAUGGUUGGAACUGUGACAUGGCUGAAGCUAAGGUUAGGGUAGGAUUGCUAAAAUAAUGAAAGUUUCAAAGAGUUACUGUUUCCAGACCGAUCCAGCAAUUUUUGAAGGUGGAGAGAGUAUUUACUUUGCUGGCAGAUGCUUGGCCGCAAUCAUUCCUCGCCAAGACAGCUUUAACAAAUAUACCGGUAGAAUUGUCUUGACCGACGAAAUUGCUAAUGAACACAAUGUUAUUGAUGCUGAUGGAAGUAAGUGUCAUAUUUUGUAAAAAUUUUACGAAAAGAUAAAUUUUAUUAAAAAAUGAUUUAAAAACGAUUUUUUAAACUUUUUUUUUGAAUUUUUAAAAUUUUUUGUUUUUUGAAAUUUUUAAAAUUUGGUUUAAAAUGCUAGUGCUAAGAAUGUUUAAUGUGCCUAUUUAUGUUUAUGUUCAGCUCGACCUCGAAACCAAUAUUACACUCGUCAAAAGCAGUUUGCUGAUAUGAUAAACGCCGUGCGGACUGCCGAUAUUAAAAAAGCCUCAAUCUAA